CAUCAGUUAAGGAGCCUCGUUAGCCAUCUGUCCGUUCACACGCAAGUUACUGUUUGAGAGACAGGUACCAAUGGAAAUGUAUACCUGUAUGUCCUUGGAACUGACCAAUGGCAGAGGACAAAGUGGAUUUAUAAAGGGCUCUGACAGUAGCUCAGCACCAAGGCAAAGACGGACUCAACCAUGAAGACCAUUAUUCUUCUCGCUCUGUUCGCUGUGGCAUGUGAGUACCGGGCCAUUCAACAGGAAAUAAUAUGUGGGCCUAGAGAUUGGAGACUGCAUGAAAAUAAAUCUGAAUUAAGCUAUAAGUAUACACUGCUUGAAAAGUUUGGUACAUUUUACAUUUUUCUUUACAAAGAUUUCUCCUUUACUCUCCCACUCAGUCGCCGCCCCCAUUGAGGAUGAGGAUGACAAGAUUGUUGGAGGGUAUGAGUGCAGAAAAAACUCUGCACCCUACCAGGUGUCUCUGCAGUCUGGCUACCACUUCUGUGGUGGCUCCCUGAUCUCCAGCACAUGGGUGGUGUCUGCUGCUCACUGCUACAAGUCGUAAGUGACUGAUUAAACUUUCUUCAAAUGUUACCAAAGCCAUCUACAGUACGUUUGACAUGAAACUGUAUUUGUCUAAGUACAUCUUAUUAACCCUCCCCUCUCGCUCUCCCCAGCCGCAUUCAGGUGCGUCUGGGUGAGCACAACAUUGCCAUCAACGAGGGCACUGAGCAGUUCAUCGACUCAGUGAAGGUCAUCAUGCACCCCAGUUACAACAGCCGCAACCUGGACAACGACAUCAUGCUGAUCAAACUGAGCAAGCCCGUCUCUCUGAACAGCUAUGUGAGCACCGUGGCUCUGCCCUCCAGCUGUGCCAGCUCUGGCACCCGCUGUCUGGUCUCUGGCUGGGGAAACCUAUCCGGUAGCAGCAGUGAGUAGCAUCAACAAUAUGCCCACAAAUACUUUUGGUAUUCAUUGUUUAUCAAACUGAUGAUCAAUUAUAUCACUGACCACUCAGAACCAAAGAGAGAAUGUUUGAGAAACUAAUCCUCUUCUGCCUGUCUCUAGGCAACUACCCCGACACUCUGAGGUGCCUGGAUCUCCCCAUCCUGAGCAGCAGCAGCUGCAACAGUGCCUAUCCUGGACAGAUCACCUCCAAACAUGUUCUGCGCUGGCUUCAUGGAGGGAGGCAAGGACUCUUGCCAGGUAAGCUGAGUUGAAGCACUUCCACUGAUCCAUUAACAUAAUUAAUGAAAAUAUGAUUCUAUAAUUUCCAAUAACCCAUCCUUCAACCUAGACUGACUGAUACCCUGAAACAAAUCUGCUCACCUUUAAUUUCUGUCUCCCCCUCUCUCUAUUAGGGAGACUCUGGUGGCCCUGUGGUGUGCAAUGGUCAGCUGCAGGGUGUUGUGUCCUGGGGUUAUGGCUGUGCCCAGAGGAACAAGCCUGGUGUCUACACCAAGGUCUGCAACUACAAAUCCUGGAUCAGCAGCACCAUGUCCUCCAACUAA